UUUGUCGUGGCGGCGAAGGGAGGCUUCAUGGCCUAGUUAUAUUACUAUUUCCCUGAUCGCUUUUUCUUAAUCGCUGUAGUGAACUUAUUAGCUAAAGUAUGUUUUAAAGUAAAACUGUGUACCAGACGUCCUGCAAAAUGUCUACAGUACUUCUAGCUGUUGUGGCUGUUAUAUUAUGUGUACUAUUUCGUAUACUGAAUGUUAACAGCCAGCCACAGAAACCCGUAAUUUACGGAAGGGAUCGAAGUUUUAUAGAGAAUAUCUUAUUCGUUUCACCUUUCCUUUACGAACCCUACAUCCCAACCCGUUUGUGGGGCUUCAGUGGCCAUGUGCAGACUAUCUUGCACAGUCUCAUCGGCCGGGUCCGCUGCCCCUGGCCCAUUGGUGCUCGGAUAUCCCUAGUGCUACCCGAUAAAUCGACGCUCACCUACGAUCUGUACGAACCUAUGGGAUCUGAACAUGAAGACGACGUGACAGUGGCAAUAUGCCCUGGCAUUGGCAAUACCUCGGAGAGCGUGUACAUUCGAACCUACGUCCACUACUCCCAGUGGCACGGCUACCGCUGCGCCGUGCUCAACCACAUAGGCGCGCUUAACAGCGUGCCUGUUACUGGGGCUCGAAUAUUCUCUUACGGUCACACCGACGACUACGCUUACAUGAUAGACAAUCUGACAGAACGCUAUCCUAACACUAAGCUAAUCCUAGUCGGAUUCAGCCUCGGCGGCAACUUGAUCACGAAAUACUUAGGCGAGGAGCGGAGCAGACCCACCAACAUCAUAGGAGGCAUCUCCAUAUGUCAGGGAUACAAUGCCAUUGACUCUCUAGUGUACUUGCUCCAAUGGCAGAACUUCCGUCGGUUCUACCUAUACGUGAUGACUGACAACUACCGCAACAUCAUCACGCGGCACAAGCGCAACCUGCUCAGCCCCGAGAUCAAGAGCAAGUACGGCCUCGACGAGAACAUGAUCGUGUCCGCCGGGACCCUGCCCGACCUGGACGAGGCCUAUUCUAGAAAAGUGUAUGGAUUCGAGUCUGUAGCGGAACUCUACAAGUGGAGUUCAUCGGCCUUCUACUUACAUAACAUUAAGACCCCAAUGGUGUUCGUCAACGCGCGCGACGACCCCAUAGUACCUGAACCGCUGUUACCUCUCAUCAGAGAGUUUGCUAGUUCCCACGACAAAACAAUGUUCCUAGAGCUUGCCCACGGCGGGCACCUGGGCUUCUACGAGGGCGGACUGAUAUACGCCAACCCCGUCACGUGGCUCGACCGCGCGCUGGUCGGGCUCGCCGGCGGCCUGCUCAUGGCGCACAACAAGUGCUCCUCUAAGGAAUCCAUCCUCGAAAACAUCUCCGACGACGAACCUGACCUCAUCAAGUCCGCCACCAUCGUCUAUAGGGAUCCUUUGGAUAAAACACCCGUGAAAUCAUAGAAUACAACCAUCAUAAGACAAUUUGGCUCGUAGCCAAGCUCAGGUGUUCUAUGUGUUUGACGUCACGCCAACUAUCAAUUGUUUUAGGUGUGCGUGUGAGAAGCUUUUUGAAGGUAUUUACUGUUUAAAGAUAGGUUAGGAUAAGUUGCCAUGGACCAAGUAAACAGAAGCGUGAUAUUAUAUCAGCAUUCAGUAGAACCUAAAAUGAGCGAAUGUUUUAUGUCGAGAAUAACUAGGGCAGUAUUUCUUUUUUGCGGAAGUAUUCUGUUUAGAAAAGAGAUAAGAUGCCUAAUAAGUAAUCUACGGUCACUAACUCACUAUAUGAUAAGAUUAUUAUUAUCGCACUGGAGAUUGUACUCACUCUACAAACUACGAUACCCCUAUAUAAAGAUAAAAUUCUAAGACAUUCUGUACUAUUUACGUAUACGAAGUCUACUUUUUUCUUGGUCCAUGGAACUUUGUACGCUAGGUCCGUGCAAUAGGUACAAGGAUGAAACCUGGGCCGUGUUGCAUAAUAAACUACAACAAAUAUUACAAGCGGAGCUCCUUUUCUGAUUUCCCUGAAGGAGUUCCGCUUGUAAUAUUAGUUGUAAUUUAUUAUGCAACACGGCCCUGACAUCAGGAUAUUUCUACCAACGUUUCAAACCACUCAGUUCCUAGUCGGAUGACCUGUUGUUACGGAUUACCAUUUUUUUUAAAGUCCAGGCGUUUUACAAAAAUAAGUGAUAACGGUAAUCGUGACCUACAGGAUAUGAUUAAUAAUGCAACCAGGAAACUAAAGCAGCGGAACUAAGGAAGCGGUUGAAACCCGGGUAGAAAUACAUGAUAGUAACCAAAUAACCACAUAGAAAUUACUAAAAUAAAAGAGUUGAAUGAAAUUGUGAGUGUGAUAAACGUGUACCAGUUAUCGUCAAAGUAUUGAUAAAUUCCAUGUAAUGGCAUUUUGCUGAAUAAUCUCAAAUAACCCAUUCCAUACAAAUCGAACUGCAGCGGUUAGCUUGGUUUUCAAUAUUGUGAUAUUUUAUAUGUAGAUGUAGUCAAGGAAAUUUGCAAGUAUAUUAUUAGUGAAGGAAAAAAGAUGCGAUUUUUUAUACAUAGAUAUACUUUCAAAUACAAUGUGGUGUGCAAUGCAAUGAGUCAUAUUUAUGUUGAGUGUUAGUCUUUUAUAAACGUUUAAACAAAAUUAAUAUGCACAACUUUAUUUGCGCUAGGUAAGUAGGUACUAUCGGGGACAUUGGCGGUGAACCAGUUUUACCUCAACCCUUACGAGCGAGCUAAACUCCGCCUCCCAUAGAGAUAACCAAUUACGAUGCAUUUAGGAUUCUUUAUCUUGAUAUUAAAAGGGUAAAAGCAGAUAAUGAAACAAACAAUGGGUAGUAAGGACAGUUUAUUAUUAUAUUUUAUUUAUUUAUCUUAGUUUGCAAAUUCCGCCCGUCACAAAGACAAUGGACGGCAAUAAACUUUACCUGAGCUAACCCUUUUUUUCAACACCUACAUUUUUAAGUGCCAUGCGUUUAAACGAUUUUUUGCCCUUAAGGUGGUUCACCGCAAAUGUCCCCUAUUGUACUUACAAAUGAGAUUUUUUAGUGCUUGUUUCCAACUAUGAGUUUCAUUUUCCGAGUAGGUUUAGGAAUUGACACUUAUCAAAUGGCUGCAAAUUAAUACUGAGUCAAUAUAUUGCAUUUCUUAUUGUCGCCUAACUCAAAAUAAUAAUGUAAUGAUUUAACUUUGCACAUAGUAAUAUUAAGUAAUGUAUUUAAAGCACAAAUACUACAACGCAGUUUGCAGAAAAUAGAGGUAAAAUAUCGUUCACAACUGCCGUGUUAAUUGCAAUUGCUAAAUAUAUUAACAGUAAAUAUGUAUGAAUCAAUUUUACCUGUAAAAAAAACUGGAAAUGUGGACUAAAUUAGCAUUCUGUAUAAGCAGCACUUUUAGGGGUAGAUUCUAUGUCAGGAUGGCCAGGAUGUGUAAUUUUCUUGUGAGGUCAAGUCAGAUAUUAAUGUGUCGAAAAUGGCCUAUUAUGUAAGCCAAUUUUGAAUCCGGCCUUGAAUUAAAAAAAAUCAUUUGGGGUAGAAGAAUAUGUGUUCAUAUUUGCAGUGUCAUUUUACAUACAUUGCUAAUACUAGUUAUUUUAUAGCUGGGUGUGUGUAACGCCAUGCCAGUGUGUAAGAAGGGUGAAGUCACAUUUCCACAUUCCGUUUCAUUAAUGAUAACAGUGAGACUGUUACCAUAAAAUCCAUAAUUAGUUUUAAUGUGGAUUCUGAUCGAUGUUUUUUAGGUUAAUUAAUGACAUUAAGAAGCAUUACUAGUUACGAAAAUGAGAUGAAUAAUUCAUGACUUGAUGAUACGGUGGCUGCAAUGAAUUAACGAAAACUGCCGCAUUUGACCGCCACCCCUUUUUAGGGUUCCGUACCCAAAGGGUAAAAACCGGACUCUGCUGUCCGUCUGUCUGUCACCAGGCUGUAUCUCAUGAACCGUGAUAACUAGACAGUUGAAAUUUUCAUAGAUGACGUUUUUCUGUUGCCGCUAUAACAACAAAUACUAAAAACUACGGAGCCCUCGGUAGGCGAGUCCGACUCGCACUUGUCCGGUUUUUAUUUAAGUAUAUAACACAAUAGUAAACUUUAUCAGAAUGUAUUAAGGUUGAUUUUGUACUGUCUACCUUACCUUUGUUGGUUAUGGUCGACAGUGGCGGUCAAAAGGACUUAAAAAUGUUGCAUAAUUACCUGCUCAUUUUAGCGCUUUCCCGAUUGCUUCCCAAAACGAGCCAGGGGUUCGCUACCAAAAUGUGGAAAAAAUGCAUUCAAGUUUUGCGUCCAUUGCUUAGACAUUUUGUGAUACCAAUCAUCUGAUCUCAGAAGCCAAGAGUCAAGUGAGUUAUGGUACUUAGAGAGACCACACUAGCGUCUUUUGAGUGUCGACGUCCAGUCAGCGCUAUGGAAAAUGGCAGCUGCGCCAACGUUGCGUCGAGCAGCAGCAAUAUACACGGUGGCUAAAAUAUAAGUGCACUAGUGUGUGAAAUCGCGAAAAAAAUGUACCCUCCCAUAGAAAAUGGACCAGCUAUAAUGUAUAAAACAGACCAAUUUUUUUCGCGAUUUCAUGGUUGGUCCCAUAGUAAAAGUUGCUCAGUAUAAUCCCAAAACCUCCCUGCAACGGGAAUUCACUUAUUUUUUUGCCACCCUGUAGAGUAGACGCUGGUGUGGGGUGGCCUUUAUCACCUUUAUGUUUAUGAUAUGUGUGACACAUCUAACAUGUUAGGAAAAAUCAACCUUAUAAUGGCUAAUUUAUAUAUGACACACUUGGAUUAUAUAAAGUACAAUUUAGAGCUGUGUGAUUUAUGGUUUUUUAAAGUUUAAACCCAGGACUCCCAGGAGAUAUGAUUAAAAUAACGAUAAAUGAAGUUUGACGGGUUAAUACAUAAAGUUAUAUUAACAUGUUUCAAUGAAUGGUUUUGGGGUUUCAUACUUUAGAAAAUUAUUCUGAUAAAUAUAUAAUAUAUAUAAUAUAUACAAAGAAAUAUGAAUGUAGGUGUUAUUGUUUCUUUUUUCAAUAAGUUUGAGUGUCUUAAAUGAUUGAAAAUCAAUAAAUUGUUGGUAUGGAAAAACUUCUGCUGGUGUUUUUAUAAAACAAUAUGUCGUUUAUAAAAAUACGUAUAUAUUUUGUAAUGUUUAUGCGUUGUUACCGUUUUAAUUAAUAAUAUCAACAAAAAUA